AUGUGCUUUGGUAGAGCUGCAGCUUUCUUGUUCGGGUUUGUUGUCCUCUACAGUUCAAGAGGGAGAGAGAAUAUCAAAGCUUCAGAGAAAAAUCGAAGCAAGAAAACUUUGAAAAGCUCUGGAAAUGGAGUGUGCAGAUCAAAUUUUGCUGGAAAUACUGAUGUGAUCAUCGUAGGAGCUGGUGUUGCUGGUUCAGCUCUUGCUUAUGCUCUCGCAAAGGAUGGAUGGCGCGUGCAAGUUAUUGAAAGAGACUUGACUGAGCCCGACAGAAUUGUUGGUGAGCUCCUGCAUGCUGGGGGUUGCAUUAAAUUGGCCGAGUUAGGUCUCGAAGACUGUCUAGAUGGGAUUGAUUCUCAGAUAGUCCUCAGUUUCGCUGCUGUUCACAAAGAUGGAAGAAGAACUGCAAUUUCAUAUCCCUCCAAUGCGUGUGGCAGAAGCUUUCACCAUGGCCGCUUCAUCCAAAAACUACGUGAAAAAGCUGCAUCUCUUCCCAAUGUUAAACUCGAUCAAGGAACUGUAACAUCUCUUGUCGAAGAAAAUGGCAGUAUCAAAGGUGUGCUAUACAAAACAAAGGCAGGCCAGGAGUUAGCAGCUUCAGCUUCACUCACAAUAGUAUGUGAUAGUUGUUUUUCAAAUUUACGACGCAAUCUCUGCAAUCCAAAGAUUGAAGUCCCAUCUUACUUUGUUGGUUUGGUCCUGGAGAAUUAUAAUCUUCCCUCUGCAAAUCGUGCGUACUUUAUUUUGAAGGAUUCAAUUGUCGUAACUUAUCCUAUUAGCAGCAAUGAAAUUCGUUGUUUCGUUGAUGUACCUGGCUCGAAACAACCACCUAUUUCCAAUGGCGAAAUGGCAAGCUACUUGAAAACAGUGGUGGCACCUCAAAUGCCACCUGAGCUAUACAAUGCUUUCAUGUGUGCAAUUGAUAAGGGCAACAUAAGAACAAUGCCAAACAGAAUCAUGCCUGCGUCUCCCUCUCCAACCCCUGGUGCAUUUAUGAUAGGGGAUUCAUUAAAUAUGCCCCAUGCUGUAACUGGAGGAGGAAUGACUGUGGGACUUUCUGAUGUUGUUCUACUGCGAGAUCUUCUUAGGCCGCUCAAUGAUCUUAGCAAUGCAGCUGCCAUUUGCAAAUAUCUUGAAUCCUUUUACAAUUUGCGUAAGCCCACGGCAUUUGCAAUGAACGCAUUGGCAAGCACCCUACACACAGUAUUCUCUUCAUCGGAUCAGGAUCCAUCAAGGAUGGAAAUGAAAGAAGCAUUCUUCAAUUAUUUGAGCCUUGGAGGCGUGUUCUCAGAAGGUCUGAUGGCUCUUCUGUCUGGUCUCAACCCUGACCCGUUGAGCUUGGUUUUCCACUGCUUUGCCAUGCUUGCCUAUGCUGUUGGCCGCUUAUUGCUUCCAUUUCCUACACCAAAACGCAUGUGUAUUGCGGCAAAACUAAUUUUGGCUGGAUCAGGCAUCAUCUUCCCUAUACUAAAGGCAGAAGGAAUUAGAGCAACAUUCUUCCCGGCAACAGUGCUAGCUUACUACAGAACUCCUCCUGUCCAAUCCACUGAUGAUAGAGAAACAGGGAAAUAGUUGUUUAUUUUAUUGGUAAAGGAACCGCUUCUUAUCGGCUGAAUUUAUAAAGAAAGAGGUACAACAUGAACAAACAUGAAACAAUCCUCAUGAUGUACCACAUGAAACGAAUAAAAUGUAUCUCCAUUGUAAUUUGAGUUAUCCAAAAUAAUAAUAAUAAAAAUAAUAUAUAUAAAU